GAAAGGCGCCGUGUAUCUUCCGAGCGAGCUGUGGAAGCAUCACAGAAGACGCCGUGCGAGCGAGCGAACGGAGCGGAGACGAUGGAGGGGGCGUGAGGGACGUCGGAGGACAACGUGGACAUUCGGGUAGGACGACCCCCACCCUCGCCGAGACGCAUCUGAGGGGGGGAAAAGAAAAAGGGGACGCCUGCUACAAUGCGCUGAAUCGGAGCUGCGUGGAGACCCCCUAACCCACCCCACCCCACCCCACCCUACCCCCUUUCCCCUCCGAGAACGUGCGUGGCUGGAUUAUGCUGGCUGGGUGGCGGCGGCUGAUUCCGAAGCCGAAGGACGGGCUGGCACGCCGCCCCUCCGAACCGCGGAGCUGAAUUUUUCCGGGAGAGAGAGAGAGCCUCCGCUCGCUCGCUCGCUGGCUCUCUCUCGUCCGUCGGCGCCAGCGCUCCCUCCCACAUGGCCUCCAUGCAGGACGGGCUGAACUUCACGGCUCCCCCCUACGGCAAGGUCCUGCUACUGGGCGCCAUCGCCGCUGCCUCGGCCUUCGUCGUCACCAUCCUCAUCGUGGCGCUCUGCGUGGGCUGCCACAGGAAGGGAAAGACACACAAUGUCCCCAGCGAAGGCGGGAAACAUCGUCUCAUGGACAUGGGCAUACUCAGGCAGUCCAAACUGCGCUCCAUCACCAAAUCCGACACCCAGAUGAACAAAAUCAACUGCAACGGCAAAAGCAGGCAGCUUCCCCAGAUCCCCUCCGAGGACGGUGAACACACGUACUCGGAAGUGGGCCGGAGCUCUUCGGCCGCGCGGACCGACGACGCGCUCUAUGCCGCAGUGGGCAGGGCCGGGCAGACGGACACCCCGGCCCCUCCGGCCGUCCCCGCCAACACCCCUGCGCCGCCCGACCCGGACGGCGACGCGGAGGGAAGCCCGACUGAAGCCCAGGCGGCGGCGGCGCCUCGACCCCCGGAGACGGCCGAGUACGCCUGCGUUAGGAAGCCACGCAAAGCUGACAAGGCCCCGCAGAAGCGGGACAGCGGGACGGACACGGCCGACCCGCCGCAGCCGCGACACCCCCCGCCCUCUCAUCCCGCCCCUCCGCCGCCGCAGCAUCCUCACAGUACCAAGCUUCCCCGCAGGAACCUGGAUGCCUUUAACGUGCCCUCCUUCCCAAAGGAAGUGAUGUUCAUGGGCAAUGGAGAGCAGUACAUCUGGAAGCCUCCGGAGGACGAGGACGUCCUUGCGCUCCACAGUAAGGCCCCGGGCCCUGUGGGAAUGCACGCCAUGGACAACGUUCAACCUUCCGCAGCAGUGGUGGCCGAGAUGUACUCCAAAGUGUGCAAGAAGAAGAGAGGCGCGCCCGGAUCGCCGCCGCCGUCCAAUCCCGGCUUCAGGACCUUGGGUCGAGACCGCGACGGGGGCUUCAGUGUGGUGGUCAAGCCCCAGACAUGGGCCCUCAGGGAGGGCCGGCCCCCCGCGGACCGGCGCCGCUACGAGUCCUUCGGGACUGCGGCGGCCGAGGAAGAGGAGGGUGAGGUGGAGCCGCCCUACGCCGACCCGGAAGGCGGCCCCGGCGGCUGGCGACGGGCGGCCAACUCCUGCGGAGCCACCCUGCGGCCCCGCAGGAAGAAGAGCCAGCAGCGGCAGCCCCCGCCACCGCCGCCGCCCAAGCUGCGGCACCUACCGCUACCCGGCGGCGACGGCCUCUACGAGAGCAUCGGUGAGCUGGAGCGCGGCUCCGGCACCACCACUGUCUUCACCUUCAACGACGGCAUGGAGAUGUACGUCACUGGGCUCUAAACCGCUCCGCCGAGCCGCCUACAGGCCGUCGCGAUAUUCCGAACGGACCCGCCGUUUGGGCGCGGAAAGGAAGCCGACUCUCGGCGCCGAAAUCAAAAGGUGUGAAAACUACUCACAAAAAGUUCGGGCGGGUAAAACCUAAUGCAGAAUCGGCCAGCCCUCUCAGUUUAAAUGAAUUGGGUGCCUAUGGCUGUCAAUGAGUUCAUUGGUCAUUGGUGAUUCAUGGGUCACUCACUAUUGAUUUUGGCCCAUUUCCUCGUCAAUUCAUGUUAAUUAUCACUUCUGUUGAUUCAUUCAUUGGCCCCGCCCUCCCAGUCCAAAUAGAUUGGACGUUUAGCACCGUCAAAGGCACUGAAAGAUCAAGUCCUCCCAGUUUAAAUGAAUUGGACGUCUGUCUUUGUCAAUUGCAGGCAAUGACUUCAUUUAGGCUCACUGCCUAGUUCAUUUUAGAAUACUUACAAGUCACUUCCUGUUGAUUUUGGCGUAUUUCCGCAUCACUUCCUGUUGAUUUUGGGACACUCCCUAUUGAUUUUGGCACAUUUCCGCAUCAAUUCAUGUUGAUUUUUGGGACAUUUCCACGCAUAAAUUCAUGUGGAUUUUGGAACAUUUCCACACCACUUCUGUUGAUUCAUUCAUUGGCCCCGCCCUCCGAGUCCAAAUGGAUUGGCUGUCUAGCACCGUCAAAGGCACUGAAAGAUCAAGUCCUCCCAGUUGAAAUGAAAUGGGCGUCUAUCUUUGUCAAUUUUGGCUCAGUGCCUAGUUUAUUUUAGGAUACCUACUAGUCACCUACUGUCGAUUUGGGCGCAUUUCCACAUCAUUUCCUGUUGAUUUUGGGUCAUUUCCUGUUGAUUUUAGGUCAUUUUCACAUCACUUCCUGUUGAUUUUGGGGCAUUUAGAGGUCACUUCCUGCUAAUUUUGGGGCAUUUCCGCAGCUCAUUCCUGUUGAUCUUGGGGUAUUCACAAGUAGGGUUGGGCAUCGUUUGAAUUUGAACGGUUCCGAUUCCACGUUUCGAUUCCGGUUCCAAAUGAUUCUCCGAUCCUUUUAAUAAGCAGGGUAAAAAAAAAUUGUAUAGUUUAUAUUAAUUUCUUGACUUCUCAAUUAUUUUUUAAAUUAUAUGAACUUUCAAUUAGCUAUGAAUUUCUAACAGGGCUAUUUUUAACUUGUAUAUAAAUAUCAGUCUUUGAGCUUAGUCUUCAAAAGCUCACGGUGAAAACAUUUACACAUACAGUGGGGCAAAUAAGUAUUUAGUCAACCACCAACGGUGCAAGUUCUCGUACUUUAAAAGAUUAGAGAGGCCUGUAAUUGUCAACAUGGUUUAACCCCAACCAUGAGAGACAGAAUGUGGAAAAAAAACAACUGAAAAUCACAUUGUUUGAUUUUUAAAGAAUUUAUUUCCAAAUUAGAAUGGAGAAUAAGUAUUUGGUCACCUACAAACAAGCAAGAUUUCUGGCUGUCAAAGAGGUCUAACUUCUUUUAACUCGGUCUAACAAGGCUCCACACGUUACCUGUAUUAAUGGCACCUGUUUUAACUCAUUAUCGGUAUAAAAGACACCUGUCAUAAUCUCCCUCGAUCUGGGGCUCCAUGUAAGAUCUCACCCCGUGGCGUCAAAACAAGAACGGUGAGCAAAAAUCCCACAACCACACGGGGGGACCUAGUGAAUGACCUACAGAGAGCUGGGACCACAGUAACAAAGGCUGCUAUCAGUAACACAAUGCGCCGCCAGGGAUUCAAAUCCUGCACUGCCAGACGUGUCCCCCUGCUGAAGAAAGUACACGUCCAGGCCCGUCUGCGGUUCGCUAGAGAGCAUUUGGAUGAUCCAGAAGAGGACUGGAAGAAUGUGUUAUGGUCAGAUGAAACCAAAAUAAAACUUUUUGGUAGAAACACAGGUUCUCGUGUUUGGAGGAGAAAGAAUACUGAAUUGCAUCCGAAGAACACCAUACCCACUGUGAAGCAUUGGGGUGGAAACAUCAUGCUUUGGGGCUGUUUUUCUGCAGAGGGACCAGGACGACUGAUCUGUGUAAAGGAAAGAAUGAAUGGGGCCAUGUAUGGAGAGAUUUUGAGUGAAAAUCUCCUUCCAUCAGCAAGGGCAUUGAAGAUGAGAUGUGGCUGGGUCUUUCAGCAUGACAAUGAUCCCAAACACACAGCCAGGGCAACAAAGGAGUGGCUUCGUAAGAAGCAUUUCAAGGUCCUGGAGUGGCCUAGCCAGUCUCCAGAUCUCAACCUCAUAGAAAAUCUGUGGAGGGAGUUGAAAGUCCAUGUUGCCCAACGACAGCCCCAAAACAUCACUGCUCUUGAGGAGAUCUGCAUGGAGGAAUGGGACAAAAUACCAGCAACAGUGUGUGAAAAGCUUGUGAAGAGUUACAGAAAACGUUUGGCCUCCAGUAUGGCCAACAAAGAGUACAUAACAAAGUAUUGAGAUGAUUUUUUGGUAUUGACCAAAUACUUAUUUUCCUCCAUGAUUUGCAAAUAAAUUCUUUAAAAAUCAAUGUGAUUUUCAGUUUUUUUGUUUUGUUUUUUCACAUUCUGCCUCUCAUGGUUGAGGUUUACCCAUGUUGACAAUUACAGGCCUCUAAUAUUUUCAAGUGGGAGAACUCGCACAAUUACUGGUUGACUAAAUACUUAUUUGCCCCACUGUAUUCUUUUGCCUAUGUUUUAAGAUGUCUUAUGCUGCAGUCAUUUUUACAUGUUAUUGAACUCCCAUAAUUGGCUAACCUGGUGCAGAGUAUCAAACAAACGAAGAAACAAAAACAACUAGUAAAACCCAGUCCAGAUUAGCAGAGGGGACAGUAUAAAAUCAGAAACGGUUUUUGUUUAGGAAAAUGAUCAUAUCUGCCUUCUCAGGCAGCAAACGUGGUUUCCUGCAGUGGAGAACACAGGCUCACUGGGUGUAGAUGAAGCUUGAACACAUAAAUAUGAGAAAACGAGAAAAAGUCGCAAAUAUUACAUAGGGGUAAGGUAGUUGUGAGCCGCUACACACUCUACAUACAUGUACCUUUGCUGCGAGCUAUGACGAAGCAUUAGUAUAAAUUCUUCUAUUGAUUAUAAUUUGAUGUAGAACAGGCAAAAUAAUAAGGAUUUCCUUAUUUGUAAAACCGAUUCUAAAACAUAAGAUGCUUUUAAUACUUCUGAUAUUAACGGCGGCGGCAACGCACUACGUAAAGUAAGUAGCUGCUUAUAUAGCCUGAUGUAAUAAUACGACCUAUUCUCAUACUAUUCCAUCAUCUACCUUUUAAUCCAGGAUCGGGUCGCGGGGGCAGCAGAAGACAGACGUAAUUUAUUGUUUUACCUACCCACUUCUGACUAUUUGGAGGACUGGCAAGGCUUGUCAAAUAGGGGGCCCUCAGCUAUGCACUACUCGGCACGUGUAUCCCAUGAAGCCGCAGGUGGUUAAUCAUAUUGGUCGUGCAGCCGCCUUUGCAUGAUAUGGCUGUGUUGCAAAUGUUGCACUGAGCUGACUGGUCAUUUUUCUUUGUGAAGUAGAGCCACUUUUGAGGGCUACAACACCGUGUCCAUGGUUGAAAUUAAGUUGCAAUGCAUAAACACGCUUCAUGUGGUUUCUUCUUCGUGGUGUUCGGCAGCUAUUUUUUUCCGAUCUGCGGUCAUGGGCUCGAAACAUGGAAUCGAAAUUUUAAAAUUCGAACGGUUCCAGGAGCAUCGGAGAAUUAGUCCCGGAUCCCAUAGAUGCUUGAUGCCCAACCCUAUUCAGAAGUCACUUCCUGUUGAUUUGGGGGAAUUCACACAUCAUUUCUGUUGAUGCAUUCAUUGGACCUUCCCAGUCCAAAUGGAUUGGAUGUCUAUCUUUCUCAACGGCAGGCAAGGAGUUCAUGUUGGGUUAUUUUCUUUUUAGGGCUGCAGCUAUCGAUUAUUUAGGUAAUCAAUUAAUCUAUCAAUUAGGUAGUUUAAAUUAUCGAUUAAUCGGAAUACGAACAUUUAAUGUGUUGCAGAAUUUUAUGAUAUGUUAAACAAACAAGUGUUUAUGCUUGAAAUAAUACUCUGGCUUGCUAAGAUGACACUUUAAAAAGAGUAUUAAAUGCAAAUACAAAAUUAAAUUUCUUGAUUGUUUCUUCAAACUAUGCAGAAUUGCACUUUCAUUCCACAUGAGCAAUAAAUGCAUUUAGUAAUACAUUAAAAUACCUGCUCUUAGCCUCAAACGAUACAUACAUAAAAAAGAGGAUCCAAGUACAACAACAACAAAAAAGCAAUUGGCUAACUUACAGUGGUAUGAAAAAGUAUCUGAACCUUUUGGAAUUUCUCCCAUUUCUGCAUAAAAUCAUCAAAUGUGAUCCGAUCUUUGUCAAAAUCACACUGAUGAAAAAAACAGUGUUUGCUUUAACUAAAACCACCCCAAACAUUUAUAGGUUUUCAUAUUUUAAUGAGGAUAGUAUGCAAACAACGACAGAAGGGGGGAAAUAAGUAAGUGAACCCUCUGCCUAAGGAGACUUAACCCUUAAAUAAAGCAAUUAUCAGAGAAUCCCAAAAUUUGAAAAAUAAGGUCCUAAUGAAACCUUUUUUUCACAUUUGUAAAAAGAAAAGUCAAAAUGAAUAUGUGUAAUAAGCCCUGUAAUAUCUAUAACCCUUGCUAAAUCCUGUUUUUUUGUUUGUUUGUUUUUUUAAAUGGAACCUGCAGAUGCAUGUGUUGACUUGCAUCCAUGAUUUUUAUUUUCAAAAAGAAAUGUCAAAAUUCUGAAUCAGUCUCAAAAUCAUGAAAUUAUAGGUGUAUCAAAUGUGAUACGUUUGGCAAUAAAGGGUUAAAGAGCAAUUGAAACCAAUUUUUACAAAACAAUUUAAGUCAGGUGUUUGCCCAAUUACUGAUGAGUGGUUUAAAACACACCUGGUAAGAAUUGUCUUGAUGAGAAGCAUUGUCUGAUGUGCUCGGUCAAAAGAGCUGUCUGAAGACCUGCGAUCAAGGAUUGUUGUUUUGUAUAAAGCUGGGAGAUGAUACAAAACCAUCUCUAAAAGUCUGGAUGUUCAUCAUUCAACAGUCAGAGAAGUUGUCUACAAAUGGCGAGUUUGGCACUGUUGCUCCUUUCCCAAGGAGUGACUGUCCACCAAAGAUGACACCAAGAGUUCGGCGCAGUAUUUCAGAGAGGUAAAAAGAACCCUAGACUGUCUGCUAAAGACUUACAGAAAUGACUGGCACAGUCCAAUAUCUAUGUGCACACAUCAACUAUAUGUAAAACUAUGGCCAAGAGUGGUGUACAUGGGAGGACUCCACGGAGGAAGCCACUGCUGUCUAAAAAAAAAAAAAAACAUUGUUGCUUGUUUAAUGUUUUCAAAAAGGCACUUGGACACUGCACAGGAAUUUAGGCAAAAUAUUUUGUGGACUGAUGAAACCAAAGUUGAAUUGUUUGGGAGUAACACACAACGUCAUGUGUGGAGGAAAAAUGGAACAGCUCACCAACAUAAACACCUCAUCCCAACCGUGAAGCAUGGUUGAGGGAGCAUCAUGAUUUGGGGCUGUUUUGCUGCCUCAGGGCCUGGACAAGUUGCACUGAGGCCGUCUGUCAGACAGUUGAAACUAAAAAGUGGAUGGAUGCUGCAACAAGACAACGAUCCAAAACACAGAAGUAAAUCAACUUCAGAAUGGUUUCAGAAGAACAAAAUACAUGUUCUGGAGUGUCCAAAGUCCAGACUUUAACCCCAUUGAGAUGCUGUGGGCAUGACCUAAAGACAGUGAUUCAUGCCAGACAUCCCAGGAAUCUGACUGAACUACAGCAGUUUUGUAGAGAGAAAUGGGCCAAGAUUAGUCCUGAAUGAUGUGCCAGACUGAUCUGCAGCUAAAGGAAGCGCCUGGUUGAAGUUACUGCUGCCAAAGGGGGGGCACAAAAUAUUAAAUGUGAUGGUUCGCUUAUUUAAUUUUAUCCAUAUGUCACUGUCACUGAUAUGACAUGUCUAUGUCACUGAAAACCUAUAAAUGUUUGGGUGGUUUUAGUUAAAGCAGACACUGUUUUUUCAUCUGUGUGAUUUUGACAAAGAUUAGAUCACAUUUGAUGGUGAUUUUAUGCAGAAAUUUGAGAAAUUCCAAAAGGUUCAGAUACUUUUUCAUACCACUGUACAUAGCAAAAGUCCGCUAGCUUAAAUGCUAUAUAACGUUAACGUUUUUUUUUUUUUUUUUUUUAAACAAUGCUCUUUACACAUCGUUCAAACACAUAUUCCCACAAAAAAAUUGUAAAUAUACCUAUAAACUAAAUUCCGAAUGAAUACAGAAACAUAUUCGCUCAAACAAAAACUUACAUUAUGUUGGUCUUAAUAGAGAGCAGUUGGAUUCAGCCAUGCUAGACAAGUAAAAGGGCAGUGUAUCCACCCAAAUCAAUAAAACUAAAUGCAAAACUUUCAAAACAAACCAUUAAAAUGUCACUCUAAUUAAACAAAUCUUCGAAUCAGUAAAAUUUGAUCGAAAGCUUUUUUCUAAAUGAAUUACUAGAGUUAAUCGAUCAAUCGUUACAGCACUAUUUGUUUUUAAUUUGAUUUCCUGAUUUUGGGGCAUUUCUGGGGAGCGUAUGUGUAUUACAAUCACUUCCAUUUCAACUGGGAAGGUUUGCAGCGAGUGAUCAUGUUUCACUGCCAUUGAAUGACAAAGACGUCUGAUCCAAUUUGACAAUUCCAAUCCUGGGAUUUUUUUUUCCAGGGACAAACGUUUGAACACCACUGAUUUAGGGCAACCAUUUUCUCAUGAAAAUGAUGGACCAUUUUCUGUAUAUACGUGAUUAGCACGGGAAAAAACGGGAACUUUUUGUGAGUAGCGUGACUUUGAAAAGUGGAUGACUUUGCUCGGAACGGUCAGCGUACGCGCUCGACCAAGACACGUCAUUUGUCCUCCGUCGUCAUUUUCCGGAGCCAUUAAGCAGAAUUUACCAGGCGCGCAGAUACGGCGACAUAUUGGCACACCUGGUCAAUCGUAUCAAAGAGGUUGGGAAUCACCAGCAGCCCCGCCCCGAAUAUAUGCUGUUUACAUGACAUCAUGCCUUUCCCGGGCUCCGGCUCUGAGCCUUAAAAGUCCUGAGGUUUCUACGUUUUGUCCAAUUUGCCAACUUGGAAGGAAUCCAAAGGUUGUGAGCACAAAGAAGCAUUGCGGAGCAAUCGGUAACCGCCGGUUGCGCCGCUCACUGAGCCGAGCACAAGAAAGUAAGCUAGCUAAAUGACGCUCUACUCCUUAAAACUCAUUGGCUGCCUUUGACGGCCAUCCAUUCUGUCAAAUUCCAUUUGAGAAAAGCUGUUGGUGAAGCUGUUUUGUGGCCCAAAAAUGCCACGAAAUCAACCGGAAGUGACCUGGGAAUGCCACAAAAGCAGUUCAAAGUGACCCCUUAUCAACAGGAAGUGACACAGAGUGACCCAAAGUCAACAGGAAGUGACCUGAUAUCAAUGAGAAGUGACGCCAUAUCAACAGGGAGUGACCCAGAAGUGACCCUGUAUCAAUAGGAAGCGGCCCCUCAAAAUCAACAGGAACUGACCUGAUAUCAAUGGGAAGUGACAUAGAAGUGACCCAAUAUGGACGGGUAGAGACCCGAUAUCAACAAGAAGUGACCUGGAAAUCCCCCAAAAUCAACAGGACCUGACCUUAUAUAUACAGGAAGAGACAUAGAAGUGACCCAGUGUGGACGGGAAGAGACCUAAUAUCAUCUGGAAAUGCCCCAAAAUCAAAAAGGUGACCCAGAAAUGCCCCAAAAUCAACACAAACUGACUUGACAUGAACAGGAGUUGACAUGGAAAUGCCCCAAAAGCAAUCAAAGGUGACCCAAUAUAAAUAGGAAGUUAAACAGUGACCCAAAAUCAACAGGAACUGACCUGAUAUCGACGGGAAGUGACACGGAAUUGGUCCAAAAUGCACGGAAAGUGACCCCAUAUCAAAAGGAAGUGACCUGGAAGUAACACGAUAUCAACAGGAAGUGACCCAAAAAGGCCCCAAAAUCAACAGGAACUAAUCUGAUAUCAACGGGAAGUGACACGGAUAGUGACGUAAAAUGGACGGGAAGUGACCCCAUAUUGACAUGAAGUGACCUACAAGUGACCCGAUAUCCACACAAAAGGAAGUGACCCGAUAUCAAUUUGGGGUGAGCCAAAAUGGACGGGGGGUGACCCCAUAUCAAAAGGAAGUGACCUAGAAGUAACCCGAUAUAAAUAGGAAGUGACCCAAAAAUGCCCCAAAAUCACCAGGAACAAACCUGAUAUGAACGGGAAGUGACACGGAUAGUGACCCAAAAUGGAUAGGAUGUGACCCCUAUUGAUAGGAAAUGACCUAGAAGUGACCCGAUAUCAAUAGGCAGUGACCUGGAAAUGCGCUAAAAUCAAUAAGAACCAACCCAAUACCAACGGGAAGUGACACGGAAGUUACCCUAAAUAGACGCAAUGUGACCUCACAUCGAUAGGAAGUGACCCGAUAUCAACAGGAAGUACCUGGAAAUGUUACAAAAACAGUAGGAACUGACCUGAUAUCAACGGGAAGUGACUUGGAUAGUGACGCAAAAUGGACGGGAAGUGACCCCAUAUUGACAUGAAGUGACCAACAAGUGACCGGAUAUCAACACAAAAAGAAAGGACCCAAUAUCAAUGGGGAGUGACCCAAAUGGACAGGAAGUGACCGAGUAGUGACCCGAUAUUAACAGGAAGUGACCCGGAAAUGCCCUGAAAUCAACAGUAAGUGAGACUAAAAUGCCCCAAAGUGAGUUUCAGUGUUGUAAGUGGUAAUCAUAAAACAAAGAAAAUGCGGUUCCUCUAACACCGUCAGUGGCAGCCAAUGAGGGCGGCGAAGCAAACGCAAAGAAAGAUUUGAAAAGCACAGCCUCCACAAAUAUUGGCCAGCACUUUUGGAAACAGGAUUUAGCCGUAAGUCGAAGGACUCCAUGACUAAUCAAAAUAGCGGAAAGCUCAGGGACCGAGAGAACAACAACCGUGAGAGGAUUUCAACCCAAACAUGUUCACGCUCGUACUUCAAACGUCUACGUCUUCUUUAUCUUUUAAUAUUAUUUACCGUUUCAACCCCCCCUUUUUUUAAUGGCAAAUAAAGUAUUCUAUUCUCAAAAUAAAUUCCAAUAGGAAGCUCCAAAAACUCAACAAUGUCUUGUAGGUUUAUUGACUACACUGGUCGAAAAAAUGUAUAACAUAUCUGUUCUAGAGAUUUUUUUUUUUUUAAAUGGCUAAAUGUCUUUGGUGACAUGGAUCGGAAAAAUGAAAAAUGUUAGUGCUGGUUUUCACGAUAUUUCAUGCUUAUGUUUAAUUGCAUUGGUGUAAUUAUAAAAUAUCAGUUUUACAAGUUACUGCAUUUGACACGACACCAUUUAUGAAAUGUGUCUACAUUUUGUCCACUUCCAAAACACCAGGAUAUAUGACCUCUGUGAAGUUUGCCCCCCAUCAGACACAUAUAUAUGGCGGAAAACACUCAGGUGACUUGAAGUUCCGCUCUGAAACCCCCAAUUUGGCCAAAUUUCAAAAUUGUCCAAUAUGCAUGUGUGUUACUGUACAUCAUUGGAAAGCUUAUAAUCUCAAUUUUCUGGGAGAAGAAAAUUUUUGCACAGGAGGGCAUUUAAAAAGAAAAAAAAAAUUAAACAGCAAAACCUUAACUGGAGGUGAGAGCAUGAGAGAGCAUAAUUAAAGACACCAUGAUUUUAACAAAAUAUUAUCGCGUACUUACCUCUUUUCGAUCCAAAAACUCCAUGUAGCAUGUCUCACCAAGUGUCAAGACACAGCUGUGAAUGGCCACAGCCAGAUUUUGGGGGGAUUUUAUGGGUCAAACAUGGUAAUUCCGUCAGAAAAUGAUGUCCCUGGUGCGAAAUUCACUGGUAAAGAUGUGGAAGAACAAACAAAUGUUCAGUUAUAGAGAUGGCUUGAGUGUCGAGGGCUGAAAAAGACGACCGACCUGAUCCAGAAUUAGCUUUUUUAUCAACACCUUUUUCAUGUGUGCAUUGCCUUACGCCACUAACAAUGACAUUCUCCUGUUUCAAUAAUCUAUCCUUUUCCACCAUAUGCCCUAUCUUUCAUAUAUAUUAUUUGCUCUGGCUGUCUUACGUCUCUGACCGUUCUUGGAAUUUACAUUGCUAUUUUUGUGUAGCGAUCGCAAGUGCUACUCUGUAACAGCCAACGAACAGUUUUAAUUUUUUCAUUAAUAACUCUAAAUUCUAUAAUUUAUUUACACUUCCCACUUACUAAAGUUGUUUUUUUACAACAGAAAAGGUAAUUGGCAGUCAGAUACCAUUAUAAUUUUUUCAGGUCAUUUAUUGUCAGAAAGAAGCAGCACGGCAAAACGCCACGCUAAAAAAAAAAAAAAAAAAAAAAAAAAAAAGUAUAAAUAUCAAAAUGGCUUAUCUCAUCGUCCUCUGAAGGACCAUGGCCCCCAACAAAAUGUUUACUGCAUGUGAAAUGUGAAUGGCUUCACCUUCCUGGCGUUAAACUGGUCUUUUGCAGUCUGCGCAAGUUGAUCCAUUCUUCAGAUUUUUUCCUCUGAGUUUUUGGUUUCGGGAAACGUAUGAAGAAAACAUCCUUCAUAUGUGGUAAUGUCUAGGGUCGUUUUUACAAGUUCCAUAGCAGCAGUGUUUGAUCAGCAUUCUCUUUUUUGAAAGAUUACUGGAGAAAACAAGCAGAAAUAACAUGGUUUGUAUGCGAGGGCAUGUCAAUGAUGUCCUACUACCAUGUUACGAUGGCAACGUCACGGUCUAAAAAUAGCAUUCGUGCGGUACGCUAUUGACCCGGAAAUGUUUUCCUUUCCCAACAGCAACAGCAGUGCUGGGUGAACUUUGGAUGACCUAAAAAAAAUAUUUGUCGUAACUGCAAAACUGUGGCAGCACAAACGAACGGCACCAUUGCGGUUCCAUUCUGCCGUAUAUGGGGGGGCUGUGUGAUGUCAUCAGUACAAAAUAAAAGCAGACUAUCUAAAAAAAAGAAGAAAAAAAACAUAGCGACACAAACGAAAAUUUUUACAGCACAAACGAUGGACACAUUUGUAUCAGGUUUAGAUAAAAAAAUGGUUGACCUCAGAUUGACCAAUAGAGAAUUGUAAAUAUCUCAAAAACAGCACAAGCGUAGCACAAAUGGCUGACAUUUUUAUAUAAAUUUGCGUCUGGUGGGGGUCCAACUUCACGGAGGUGGAUUUAUACAAUACAUUUUGCCUAAAUAACUUGGAUUUGAAUAUUUAGGCCAAAUACGGUAUCUCAAAAAAUAUAACCAAUGGACACUUUUCACCUCAUAUUUCUUUUACGGCGACCCAAAUUUACUCAAUUCUCACUUUUGCUUAUAAAGCAGUGCUAUCAAAAAAAGGAGAAAAUUCAUUUGCUAACUAAUUAGCUAAUCGUGCGCUAAUCUAGUUUACCUUAAAAAACAAAACAAACGGCACGAUAAUAAAGAAGAUGUGCACAUUUGCAAGCGAAAGCUGUGACGUUUUGCUCAGUCUACCUUUUAACACAAAAACGUCACAAUUUUUGGGGGGGUUAUACCCCCGAACAAACUGGCAUUUUCACCUCCACCACCACGGCGGCGCCAACACUCGCCGUCUGUAUAUGAGCUGUUUUACUUUGUCGAGCCUGUCCAGCACUUUGCCUGCUACGCGUUGCAUGCUUAAAAAAAUAAAAAAUAAAAUCCAGACACUGGCAAGUUGUACUUAUCUCAAUGUUUUUUUUCUAUGGUUGUUCCCCUCUCUGUGUUCAAAUGUUGCAGAAAGAAGAAAAAAAAAAAAGCGUCACACCUGCUGGACAAUGAUUUGGAUGCAACGUGUGUGAUGAUACUGUCUGUUCAUGCAAUGUGUAUGUACAAUACAAAAGAGAAAGAAUAAAUAUAUCAUCAGUGUCCAAAAAAAAAUCUAUCUUUUUCUAUAAUGUUGUCUUCUGGAAUGAGUAAUCUUGUGACAAAAAAAACAAACAAACAAAAGAAAAGCCUUCCCGUGUGUUGCUCAGUGUUUUAUUUUUUGCGGCGGCGGACGACAGGGUCUGCGUGUACUUUAAAAGAUUGUAAUGUUUUAUAUCCAGAUUAAUAUUCAUCAAAUGUCAGUCGAGUUUAUACUUUUGUAAUAAAGUAGCACUUGAAAAA